UGCGCAGGCGCACGCGCACACGGAUGGAGCACACCCCUGAGCCCCCAUCACAGCCGCGGGUUGAUGCCAAUAGUUCAGUCACCGGUGCUGCCCGUCCGCCCCGCCCCCUAGACGCACGUCCGGUCGCUCCACCCCCGAGCCAGUCCGCGCGCGCGCGCCGGCCGCACCCCCACAAAGCCCCGCCCCCAGGCGCGCGCCCGCCCACUGGGCGCCACGUGCUCGCUGGAGGGCGGCGCGAGGGGCCGAGCCGACAAGAUGUUCUUGCUGCCUCUUCCGGCUCCUGGGCGAGUCGUCGUCCGACGUCUGGCCGUGAGACGCUUCGGGAGCUGGGGUCUCUCCGCCGCAGACAUGACGAAGGGUCUUGUUUUAGGAAUCUAUUCCAAAGAAAAAGAAGAUGAUGUGCCACAGUUCACAAGUGCAGGAGAGAAUUUUGAUAAAUUGAUAGCUGGAAAGCUGAGAGAGACACUGAACAUAUCUGGACCACCUCUGAAGGCAGGCAAGACUCGAACCUUUUAUGGUCUGCAUCAGGACUUCCCAAGCGUGGUGCUAGUUGGCCUCGGCAAAAAGGCAGCUGGAAUCGACGAACAGGAAAACUGGCAUGAAGGCAAAGAAAACAUCAGAGCUGCCGUUGCAGUGGGGUGCAGGCAGAUUCAAGACCUGGAGCUCUCUUCCGUGGAGGUGGAUCCCUGUGGAGAUGCUCAGGCUGCUGCAGAGGGAGCCGUGCUUGGUCUCUAUGAAUAUGAUGACCUAAAGCAAAAAAAGAAGACGGCCGUGUCGGCGAAGCUCUAUGGAAGUGGGGAUCAGGAGGCCUGGCAGAAAGGAGUGCUGUUUGCUUCUGGGCAGAACUUGGCACGCCAGUUGAUGGAGACGCCAGCCAACGAGAUGACGCCAACCAGAUUUGCUGAAAUCAUUGAGAAGAAUCUCAAGAGUGCUAGUAGUAAAACCGAGGUCCAUAUUAGACCCAAGUCUUGGAUUGAGGAACAGGCAAUGGGAUCGUUCCUCAGUGUGGCCAAAGGAUCUGAUGAGCCCCCAGUCUUCUUGGAAAUUCACUACAAAGGCAGCCCCAAUGCAAAUGAACCACCCCUGGUGUUUGUUGGGAAAGGAAUUACUUUUGACAGUGGUGGUAUCUCCAUCAAGGCUUCUGCAAAUAUGGACCUCAUGAGGGCUGACAUGGGAGGAGCUGCAACUAUAUGCUCAGCCAUUGUGUCUGCUGCAAAGCUCAAUUUGCCCAUUAAUAUUAUAGGUCUGGCCCCUCUUUGUGAAAAUAUGCCCAGCGGCAAGGCCAACAAGCCAGGGGAUGUUGUUAGAGCCAGGAACGGGAAGACCAUACAGGUUGAUAACACUGAUGCUGAGGGGAGGCUCAUACUGGCUGAUGCGCUCUGCUACGCGCACACAUUUAACCCAAAGGUCAUCCUCAAUGCCGCCACCUUAACAGGUGCCAUGGAUGUAGCUUUGGGGUCAGGUGCCACUGGGGUCUUUACCAAUUCAUCCUGGCUCUGGAACAAACUCUUCGAGGCCAGCAUUGAAACAGGGGACCGUGUCUGGAGAAUGCCUCUCUUUGAACAUUAUACAAGACAGGUUGUAGAUUGCCAGCUUGCUGAUGUUAACAACAUUGGAAAAUACAGGUCUGCGGGAGCAUGUACAGCUGCGGCGUUCCUGAAAGAAUUCGUGACUCAUCCCAAGUGGGCACACUUAGACAUAGCAGGCGUGAUGACCAACAAAGAUGAGGUUCCCUAUCUACGGAAAGGCAUGACCGGGAGGCCCACAAGGACUCUCAUCGAGUUCUUACUUCGUUUCAGUCAAGACAAUGCUUAAUUCAGAUACUCAAAAGUGUCUUCACUUUCUGUCUUAAAUUGGACAGUUGAACUUAAAAUGAAAAUCUUUCAGAGGAGAUAAAGGAUGGUAUUUUAAAAUGUAGGACACAAUGAAAUUUGUAUGCCUUGAUUCUUUUUUCAUUUUACACAAAGAUUUAUAAAGUUAAUCUUACUUGGCAAGGAUUUUUAAGAUAUUCUAUAAAUGACUAAAAUCUUUAGAACUUCCGAAUCACUUUUCAGAGUAUAUCUUUUUAAUUGAGAAGCAAAAUUGUACUUCAGAUUUGCGACGCUAAGAACACGAGCAAACUGAAAGUUACUAUGCACUUGUCAGAAACAAUAAAUCCAACUUUUUGUGCUC